CUUGUCAAAAAAACGCGGCUAUGAUAAGAUCAGACUUUUUAUUUGUGUGAUGGUCUAAACUUGUAAAUCUUGUAAUUGUCAUCUGUCAAAAUUACUGAAAAGUUAGCCCAUAUACAACUUUCCGGAGCGGAUUUAAUAUCCUUUUCGCAAAUAAUUAAAUAUAGAAAACGAUUAAUUAUUUGUUUUCUUAACUGCGUGUGUAUACUGUACAAGUGAGAUAAAACUAUUAAGUAAACUUGAGAACUAUUAGCAUUGGAUAAGAUACAAUGAGCAUCAGUAUGUCUACCAUGGACGAAAUAGAAGAGGAAGCAAAAGCAGCAGCAGAAAAAAUGGUUAUAAAUAUGAUGCAGAGACCAGGCCAAUUAGAAAAGGUUGAGCAGUACAAGAAAAGGAUAACCCACAAGAAGGCCUCCAUUGAGGCUCAGCUGAAGUCCGCAGUGCAGGGCAAGCUGGAUGGGGUCAGCGUCGGGUUGAAACAGCUUCAGGAGUGCCUUGACGAUGUGCAGCAAAUCAGUCUCAAGAUGGAUGAAUUAGAAGAGCUUCUAAAGGGCGUGCCUCCACUAGUCGCGUCACUACAAGCUGUAAGAGAAGAGGACUCGCGGCACUCGCAGUACGUGACGGCCAUGGACAGCCUGAAGCACAUAUUUACGGUGCCGGACAGCGUGGCUAAAACCAUGCAGUGGAUCGGGGAAGGGAAAUUGCUGCAUGCGCAUCAGUGCCUCAACGACCUAGAGAACUCACGCGACGACCUCCUCUACGAGCUGCACCGCCUACCCAACCAGUCCUCACACGACAAGAUAAUGCUCAAGGCUUACUUCGAGGACGUGGAGAUGGUCUCCAACUCGCUGGAGAAGCAGAUCAAGCUGAUACUGGCUCGGACCUUGAAUACUGUGCGCAAGGAGCCCACGGUUAUAGUCACUGCACUCAGAAUUAUUGAGAGGGAGGAGAAAAGGGACCAGAUGGCGCUCGAGCAACAAAGCCAAACGGGCUUCAUGCCGCCCGGCCGGCCCAAGGGCUGGCGCACCGUGGCCUUCGAGGAGCUGGAGCGCGCCGUGGCGCAGCGCACCGAGGGCACGCGCGUCGACGAGCGCGAGGACAACAAGCUGUGGCUCGUCAAGUACCUGGAGCUCACCAGGCAGCUGGUCCUGGAGGACCUGAGGGUGGUCAAGACACUCUGUGUGCCUUGCUUCCCGCCGCAUUAUGAUAUUGUCAACAAAUACGUCAACAUGUACCACACCUGCCUGUCUUCCAGCCUUCAAGGCGUAGUCGACAGCGGUCUAGAAGGCAACGAAUACGUGACCCUACUGUCCUGGGUGUUGAACACGUACCCGGGCACCGAGCUGAUGGGCAGCCCGGAGCUCAACAUCGACGUCUCCACGCUGCCGCCGCUGCUCAGCGAGGAGAGCUUGCAGGACUUGUGCGACGAGUAUUUGCAGAAAAUGGAGAGCAACUACAUGGAAUGGAUGGAGAAGACCCUCGAAUCAGAAAGAGCCGAAUGGAACGGAGACCGCGCGCCCGAAGUAGAGCCACAUUCCAACGCGUACCAUACACACGCUCCGGUCAUCAUCUUCCAAAUGAUCGACCAAAAUCUACAGGUCACUCAAACUAUAAGUAAGGAGAUCACUUUCAAAGCAUUGAUGCUCAGUAUCGAGCAAGUGACGCGCUACGGCAACAUGUACAGAGAUGGUGUACUUCAGUUCAAGAACAGUCACUUCUCCGACCGCUCCCGCUGCGCCUACUUCACCCACCACAUGAUCACAAUAGUCAACAACAGCGAACAAAUGGUCCGCCUCGCCCAACAGACACAAGCCAGGCACUGGCCCCCGGGCCGGCACGAUGCACCCGCCGAGCGCAAGUUCGACACCCUGCUAGACACAUUCCAGAAACUAAGGGACGAAGCCGCCCGGUUCCUCCUCGACGAGGCGUUCCUGGACCUCGAAGUGCACUUCGACGACCUGUUCACAUCAAAAUGGCUGCCAUCUUCCAUCCCGGUCGACACUAUUUGCGUCACUCUGGAAGACUACUUCCAGGACUAUAAUCAUUUGAGGGAGAAAAACUUUGAAUAUGUGAUAAAUGAAGCGCAGAAUUUGGUGUACAAGAAGUAUAUAACCGCUAUGCUGUCUAAGAAGGUGACUUUCAAAACUGUUGAAGAAGCGCAGCAAGCAGCGACGAAGAUCAUAAAGGAGGCGAACCAAAUACGGUCAUUCUUCAGGAGAAUAGGCGCUGAGGGCGUCAACGUGGACUGGCCUUUUGAGGUCAUCAGCUCAUUGGCUGAGGUCCUCCGCUGCCAAGACAUCGAGAUGCUCUCGCUGGACCUGCACGGCGUGCUGGACAAGUGCCCCAACAUGUCGGAGGAGCAGCUGGUGCGGCUGCUGGCGCUGCGCGGCGACGUGCCGCGCGCGCACGUGCGCGACACGGCGGCGCACGUGCUCGGCACCCGCGCGCACGUGCGCGCCAGCACCGUGCACGACUUCUUCAAGGACAUCACCUUCACUGACCGGCUGCUGGAGCGGUUCACUUUGUAACACGGUUUAAAAACAAAUAGUGUGCUGAAUUAAUUUUUAACAACCAGAAGCGUCUGCGAAUGAUGCUAUGAAGCUUAGAAUAAAUUUAAAAGUGUGAUUCUCUGGAUCCAGAGGCUGUGAGUUCAAGUCUCACCCGUGAGGCAGUAAUUUUCCACUUUACAAUUUAUUCUAACAAGGUAAGGUACCCAACUGUCCGGUUCCGAUUUGAUUUAUAUUUAUAUAUGUUAUAGAGUAGUCUAAAAUAACGGACACGUAUUUUUUUUAGCUGCCCAAACUCAACCUAUUGGGAGAUAAUUAUUAAGUAAAAUUACAUAUAUAUAUAACGAGCCCAUUGUGUCCCACUGCUGGGCAAAGGCCUCCCCCCUCUUCUUCCACUCAUAAUAUGGCAAUUUAUAUAAGUAAAAUUACAUAAUAUGGCAAUUUAUAUCACUUAAUAUCAUGCUUUGUUUUUGUUAAUAAAUGUACUUUACAUUGAAUUUAGAUCCAAGAUAAGUACCUUACCAAAUAUUGUACGCCUUUGUAAGGCAGGAUAUGGAGAACAUGACUCAUUUACCUAAGACCUUUGUAGAACCCAUAACCAUACAAUAAAAUAUUUUUGAUUUUUGACAGUUUGGUACCUUUCCCUGUAAGCUUAAAAAGUGUGCUGGAAGAUGCCUUCGUACAAUGCGCGAGAAAGGCACACCCGCUGCUUUAUAGGAACAAAAACGCAAAUUGGACAAAAAAGAGCGUAUUUCCCAGGCUGCUAUGGCUGCUAGCAGCCACUGUGCCAACUCGCGUCUUAUGCAUGAAUAAGUACAGAAGCCUUAUUGUUCAGGCGCAGGGUAGGGCAAGGCAUUCUCCAUACAAACUUUGAGCAAGUUUUAUUCCUUAGUUUUGGCACUAUAGCAUUUAAUUUAAUUUUUUGCUUGUAUAUAUUGGAUAUACGCAGAACUUGAUGUAGAAAUUUUUCUUUAUUAAAAAAUAAAUAAAAAUAUAAUUAAAAAAAAAAUACAUCAAGCCCUAGCUAACAGAAAAAUAAGCAUAUUUACCAAAAAUAAUAACUGCAGCGCAAACACAAACGAAGAAAAACGCGCACAAAGUUUGUAUGGAAAGAGCUUGCCCUACCCUUCGCCUUAAGAGUGGCCAAUUACUAUAGAGAGGCCAAAAACUAUAGCAGUCACUCCGCAUGUAUAUCCGAGGUACUUAUACAUCAUUUAAUAAAUUGAUGUAGGUCUAAAACGGUUCAAUUGAUUAUGUUCAAUUUGUUUAAAUAUAUUGAUUAUUGCAAAGAUACAUUAUGUAAGACGAAGACUUCUACGAGUAUUUUAAUUUUGUAUUAAGUAUUUAUUGUUUAACUUUGUUUACCUGUAAGUUAAAUAUUAUAAAUUUGUAUAAAAUAAAUUAGUUAAAUUACAAUAUUUUUACAUGGGUUUUUACGUGGA